UGGAGUUCUGCAAUUCUCAUUCUCCACCUUUCUCUGCGUCCUUUCCACCUCAGCACCUUCCAUGGACGCCUCUGCACCAACUACCGCCUCCACGCCGGCGGUUAACACGGAUUCCGUCGAUUAUUCGCCGCGAUUUCGUCAGAAUGACUCCUGCAACGCUGAUCCUCUCGCAGCGUCGAAAGUCCGGCUUAUGUGUAGCUACGGCGGCCGCAUAGUCCCCCGUCCGCACGACAAAACGCUCCGGUACAUCGGCGGAGACACGCGCAUCAUCGUUUUUGAUCGCCGGACGUGUCUGUCGGACCUUCACGCUCGUCUCUCCAGAAAUCUUCUCAACAAUCAGCCGUUCCUCCUCAAAUACCAACUUCCGAACGAGGAUUUGGAUUCUCUAAUCUCUCUGAGCACAGAUGAAGAUCUCGAAAAUUUGUUGGACGAAUACGAUCGCCUUAAUAAUGCCGGAGGUGUGCAGAAACGAGGCCGCGUUCGUCUCUUCCUUUUUCCUAAAUCUCAGUCAGGUAUUGAACAGGUUCUUCGGGAGACUUCGUCUCCUAAAUCGGAGGAUUGGUUUUUCGACACUCUGAAUGGUAAGACGAGUUUAUCUGCUACCGUGAGUGAUCGUGGAUUUUCGGAGUCUUCCUCGGUUAAUUGCCUGCUUGGAUUGGACGACGAUUUGGUGGCAAAAGCGGCGGUUGAGGAGAAAGUUGUUGAAGCUAAAACAGACGGCGCAAAAAUUGGGGGCACCGGGAAUGAAAUUGUUAAUGGUAGCAACCAUGAUGUUCGUUCGAUUCCUGAUUCUCCGAUGCUGGGGACUACAUCGUCGCUCGAUUCUACUCCCAGUUCUCCGUCCGCCUCCGAUUCGCAGCCUACAGUGCCUCAGGCUGAAGAAAAUUCGAACGCAGGAGUGGGAAUUGAGGAGCAAUUUCAGCAGAUGAGUGUCGGUGUUGGGGAUAAUGUGAACUUAUCCUCGCCGCAGAAGCAGGAGAAGCUUUCCGAUUCAACCGCCGCCGGCGUCACGACUGGGAAUGCUGAUUUUGUAUUACCGGCGGUUGUCGCCGACGAGCAAACUACUCCAGUCGUUUCCGACGAUGAAAAGUCCGACCAUGGCGCGCACUUAAAGGUACAACACAGUCAGCCGCAGGUACAAUCUCAAUUGCAACCACCGCAGAUUCCCCAAACUCUGCCGCAACCAACUACAGGUUUCGAUACAUUUCCACCAGAUUCAGUUUCAAGCGAAGGAAAUGGCAGAAAUCCAUGGUCUCAACAGGCUAUUUAUCAAGAACAACUGAAACAAAUCAAGCCAGGAAACCCUACAAUUUCAUCCAAUCAGCCAGACACCAAUUCAGGAGAUCAGAACAAUUGCAACAACAUUCAGAGACAAUCCCAACCUCAUGAAGCUGGUUACAUUUCCUCCAGCCAAUUCGACCAAAAUCAUCCUCAGUUACACCAAAAUCAUCCCCAGUUCAUCCCUACUGGUAACCAUUUCAUACCUGCUGGUGCAAUGCCAAUCUUGUCAUAUUAUCCAAUAUACUCACCACAGCAGCAGCGCAAUCCCCCUCAGCCCUACCCUGUAUUCAUUUUGCCUGGGAACCCCAACCAACCUUACAACUUGUCACUGCAGCAGCCUAAUUAUAGUGAAUUGCCUCAAACCACACCUUGCUGCCCACAAACACCUCCAUCCGCCAUGGCAUCACACACAGCUUUCAGCCAAGGAACAAAUGCUCCUGCCCCCAAUCCGGAAAUGGCUAGCGGAAUGUAUCAGCCCGGUGCUGCUCAAUUCCUGCAGGUGGCUCCAGGCCAGCAUCAAAUGCAAUACAUUGCUUUUGCUCCAGUUCCUCAUCCUCAGUCAGUUGCCCCAUCUUCCUCAGCAGCCAAUUCCAGCCAUGAUUUUUCCGAUCCCGCCCACAUGCCAAUGUACUACAGGCCCUUUCUGGCUGCUCAGUAUCCGGCCAUUACCACCUCCCCUGCCAUGAUCAUACCAGAGGACACUUCUUCCCAACGUGCCUCCGAGAAUUCUAAUUCUCAAGCAUGACAGAGACAAAUUUUGCACGGGCAGGCACAGGUGAGUUCUUUUACUCUUUCGAAUUCAUCAUUAUAUAAAUUCCUAUUGAUUGGUGACUUGUGAUUGCAAAUAGGUAUAAUAAGAGUGCCUCUAGUUUGCUGUUAUCAAGUGAUAUGGUCAUAUGAACAAUGCCUGAUAUCAUUUUUUUUUUUCAUAUUUUGUGUAUAUCUUCAGUUUUUCUGAGCCAUAACCAUUCCUAUUAGUUAUCAAAUGAAAUACAAUUUUGAAUGUGGUAGCACUUUGUCCCUCGAAUUUGGAAUAUGCUCUUGUUAUGCUUUUUCCACCAAUUCAUUAUCAUAAACAUUGGCUUUAGUUAUACUUAUACCCCAUGGAAUUUCAGAAUAGAAUCCAUCUUUAAAACCAAAGCUCUGUGUGCACUGCCCUUUUGGUAUGUAUUUUAUUGACAAAGGUUGAGGAUCACUUGUCUGGAUCGAUCACACUUUCCCAUUCCAUUCGAGAUUCUUUGUGCAGGACUGUACAUAUUCCCCCCUUCAAAUCAUUUGCAUGUUGCCAUGAAAAAGUUGUACCUUUAGGUUUACUGCCAUCUUCUUCAGCAUUCCCAACUUCCCCAAUUUGU